AUGAAUACAGACUUAACAACCAAGGAUGCCAGAACUGCUGAGGAAAAGUCCCCCUUUGGUAGACUCACCUUUUCCGAGCUGGCGCAACUUUCGGAUUAUCUAAAACCAGAUAGAAAUAACGAAAUGUCGUUGUUAGAAGGCAAACGCGAGUUGCCUGCAGAGAACGAAAAUUAUAUGAACAAGUCAGCAGAAAAAAAAAAUUUUAUGGAAAAUUAUGAACUAGCUAGCCAAAAUGCAGGAAAUAGCGAAAAAAUAAAAAAAAAAUGUGUGUGCAGUGAUAAAAGUUGUAUAGCGGAUAGCUGUUUAGAACAAGCAGAGCAAAGUUACAAUCCUAGAAAUAAACUCGUUGAUGAGGAAGAGAAUAACAAUUUGAAGUCUGCAAAGUGGUACGUGUCAAACGGGCAUGACCCCAUCCAAGGGGGAGAGAAUUUACCAAUCUGUGAGUCACACGUAAGCAGUUCUCUCACUGGAGAACAAAAUGUGCUGGCGCAAAACGAUCAACAUGCGCAUAAUAACCUCUCUAGCAAUUCCACGCGCAUAGACAGUUCCGAUGUUUUUUCCCCAACAAUGGAGAAUAGGAACAGUGUCAAGAAGGAAUGCGCCUCACAUUCGCCAAGCAUAAGUAACAGCCGAAUGUGUGAAUGCAACGAAAAUGGUAAAAGUGGGCAAGGGGGAAGCGACAAGGAACGGGCAAUUGCAGACAUGCCGGUUUGGCGCAGGAUAAGCGGAUUAAGUCUUUCGGGAGGAAAUGCAUUGGGGAAGGAGGGCGAAGAAGUCGAUGGUGGUGAUUUCGAUGGUGAUGAAGAAGGAGAAGAAGAAAGGGACGAGGAACCAGAAAAGAGAGAGGAUGAUCAAUAUGAGGAUGAACAAAUUGAUGAUGAUGAAAUUGAGGAAGAUCAAAUUGAUAGUAAUCAAAGCGAGGGGGAUCAAUGUGAAGAUGAUCAAAGCGGUGAUGAACAAAGUGGUGAUGAGCAAAGUGGUGACGAACAAAGCGAUGAAGACCAACGUAAGGACGAAGAAGUAGACAUACCCAUCAACCCCACAACCACAAAGGAAAAGCGACUUAGCCAAGGCAGCAGAAGCAAGAACGACCGCGCUGCUUACACAAAAAGGGAGGAACAAAUUACAAUAGAAAAAAAAAACAUGUCCAAGGAAAGGACGAACAAGUAUAAAGACAAUUUGAAUUUAUUUAAUGAAGUUUUAAAGCACAAAAGUGAGUUAAGCUAUUUUCAUCACAAGAUGAUGGAGGAUGAUCGGAAGGAUGAGCAGGAUGAAGGGCAGGAUAAUCAUCCCGUAAGAGGAGACGAACGCGUGAGCAGUACCAAUGUAGUCAAAUUAAGACAAAACGGAAAUGCGCAUCUGUGGAAUAGUAGCUGUUCUAAUGCUGGAGCGUGUUCAGGCAAAUACGAUGUUGCGCAGGUUGGUGUGAGGUCUAAUAAUAGCACGUAUAGUGCGCUCAACGUGGGUAAAAAUGCCUCUUUUUCGGGAGGUCGCCCCGCAAGCGAAAAGAUUGAGGAAAACGGAGACGACAUGAAUGACACCGCCGGUUCGAUCGAAUUGGGCGAACCUGACAAUCCGCGUGAUGCCAGCAGCGACAGCUACCGCAGCAGCUGCAGCCGAGACCAUGUACCAUCGAAAGGGACCCAGAGGGGCGAAUUCAACGGAACGGAAAAGGAACGCAACGAGAAGAAAUCAUUACAAAAAAAGAGGAACUCAAACCUGUACAGCUAUCUACUCCUAGAAAAUAAAAAAACACAAGUACAAAAAGUAGACAUGAAAAUAAAUGUAAGGUUUAAAAAUAUAUAUUUCGUAAAGUAUAAGUCUGUCAAAUGUGUGGUGACUAACAAUUCAGGUGUGGUUGUCCACUCAUUCACUUUUUGCAAAAACGGUACAGAUUUUAAUGCACAGAAUCGGAUUCUUAAAAUGUAUAAUAAGGAUAAAGACAGCUUCAACUUGCUGCAUCAUGAUGAGGUGCAGGUUCUCCUGGAGGAGCUGAAAAAAAGUGCCCACACAGAUGUGACAUUUGAACUCCUGUUCGAUGCACAGGUGGUUAAUGGGAGGGUCGAAAUAUCUUCAUCGACGUUUUACAGGCUAAGUUUCUACGGCGUCGAGGAGGUGCCCCAGAAGGGGGUGGAUCAGGAUGCCAAGGGGACAAACAGCAGAGAGACGAGUGCAAAGUUAACUAAAGGGAGAAUCAGUACCCAGGGUAGGGGCAUCAGCGGGAAGGUUACUAAUGGGAAAGUCACCAACCACUUCGCUACUAAGGUUGCUAUUAAACAUAGCACCCCCAUUGAUCCCCCCAAAGGAGCAACGGACAAAUCAGCCAAGUGCAGCACCAAGUGCAGCGUCAAGCCCGUCACCAAACUGAAGGAGGAGAAGGAAAAGAACUCCUACAUAGGAUUCACCAUAUUACACCUUAAGUACCUCUUCCAGAUGCAGGAGAAAGGAUCCAUUCAUCUGAACAUCUCAAAUAACAACAAUGAGGAGUUCGAUUUUGUGAAAAACUACAACAAGGAGGAGUAUGCACAACACAUGGAUGGAAAAGCAGCAGAGGAAAUGUAUUCAAAUAGUUUGAGCUAUGUAGACAAAAUAGGGAUGCUUUUUAAAAUAUUAUUUGGUCAUAGUUUGAAUAUCUCCUCUCAGAAGGUUUUCUUGCAGUAUCAAUUCGCUUUAAGUGACGUGCAUGCUUGGCACCAUUGUGAGGGUGACUUCUUCGACAGACACAGCGAUUUUAAGAGCGCACUGGAAAUGGUGCAAAAGGGGAGCGUGUCCAACCAGUUGGAAACGAAAAAGGGCAUGGAGGAAUGUUUAAAGAAUUAUCUCAAAAAUUGUUCUCAGUAUAUUUACGACGAAAUUACCAUUUCGCUGCUGGGCUUGUCAGAAAAUAACGGAAAUCAUAGUGAUAGGAGUUACUGUAGGAGCGAUGCGAAAAGUAGAUGUACUUGUGGAAGACCCCCUUUUUGUAACUCCCCAGGUGAGGCAACCAUUCAGGGUUCUUUCCCCCAAGGUGGAAAGUGUCCCUACGCAGUGUGUAGCGUUGCUAGUAGGGAAGGAAGUCCACACAGAGAGGUCAGUAAAAUCAUGAACGGGGGAUGUUACGAAGAGGAAGAGGUGGUGAAACGCUCUAUCCAUCGAAUUGCGGAGGCAUGUCUACCCGACUCGUGCGAAACAUCACAGAGGUUAAAACCUCACCUGGUCAAUCUGUUAAACUGGCUACAUAAAAAGAAUGAGAAAAGCAAAAAGAUAGAAACGCUGGAACAUAUCCUACGUAAGUAUACCACUGGGUUCAAUGACUACCUCGACUUCGUAGAACUCAGCAACAGCAAUAAGGCAUACAAGGUUUAUGAGGAGAACAAGAGGUUGAAAGAGUACAUAAAAAACUGCAACGGUUUUUUUAUCGACACACUGAUGAGGAACCACCAGGAGAUACAAAAAUUGAAGCACAGAAAUAAGACCGUUAACAUAUUAUACAAUAGGGAAAGAAUGAGCAAUUUAGGGAAGGGGGGAGGUAAGAGGGACUCCUCCAUGGUGGGUAUCCAUUCGGAUGGGAUGGGGGAGCUGGAUGCUCUCGUUGAGCUAGAUCGGUUAGGUGCAAUAAAUUUUCUGGAGAAAAAAAAUGAUAUUUUUGGCAGCAUAAUUAGUAGGCGACCCGUUGGGAAUCUGUCCACCUCGGUCAGCACAGUGAAGAAAGACGAGCAGGGAUGUCUGUCCGUUUGUCCAGACGUGACCAGGCAGGAUAGUCAAAGUGGGAGUUACCAUGUAGGUGGAAAAUUAGAACAGUCCUUUUCGAAAAGAAACUUCGCCACGGAUACAGUGGAUGGCAGUGGUACAAACAAGCAGACUGACCUUCUACAUCGUAAGUCGGAUUGGGCGAAAAAGGGAGGUCUACUCCUGCAAAACCUUCAAGGAAGAAACAGGUACAGUAAGUCGUCCCCCCAAUUGAGCUCAUUCAGUGCGUUUCGUUUUGGCAAUGGGGGGGAGCUCAGAACCAGUCGAAGCGGUCGCUCCAGGGAGCACCUUUGUUCCCAUUCGUGUCACCUCGAAAGGGGGAAGUCACGUGGUGGGCAAGUGACCUCACGAGGAGGAGACGACCAAACAGAGCGAACAGAUCAAAUGGAAAGAAGUGAUCUAAUCGGUCCAAAUGAUCGACGCCAUCUGUUGAAGCUCUACUCGAACCCGAUCGGUGCGGCCCUCCUUGCGCAUACGUCGAAGAGGAAGGAACAUGGUGAUGUCACCACGGGAAGUCUUAUAAAAAGCUCGAAAGAGACAUAUCUGCAUGCAAGUACUAAGUGGACCGCGUGGAAACGUCGAACUGUUGGGGGGCAAGCUACGCAGGGCAGUAGGAAUGACCAUGUGGGGAUGAACGGUCCGUCUAGCUCUGCACAGUCGAGUAAUCAUGAAAUAAUGCAAAGACCACCUCCUAUUGCGUUGAAAAAGAAGAAUACCACUGCGAGGAGCAGUCAAAAGGAGAAGUGCAAUAAAGACGGAGCAACAAUGAAAGGAAGUGUCCACACGGGGGGUCACCACACUGAGGUGAAGAACGCUGAGAAGUCCCCCAACGGGGAAUGCAACCCAUCGGAAACGCGUCCCCAUUUGCAGAGUCAAAAAUGUGAACGGGGGGUAUCCACUACCAAUUGUAGGAAUAAAAAGGGUUCAGGAGAUACCCCCCAAGGGGGUGGUAACCAUUUUAUAAAUAACCCUAAAGGGAGUCUCCUCAGAAGGACAAAAAACAACUACGACACGAGCGAGGUGUUAAAGAAGGAAUAUUUUAAUAAUGCGAAGAUGGGGUCAAGGAAGAAGGGGCAGACCUUACCCAAUUAUGAGGUGAACCUGAGAAGUGCAAAAGGGAAAGGAAAGGCAAACAUAACCGAGGGGAAGAAUAGCAGUUCGAGUGAGAACAAGUCUGGUGAGUCGAAGGUAACGCAUGUCAGGGAAGGUGAAAACGCAUCUGUAACAACUUUGAGAGGUGAUAUGUUGGGGGUUAUUACGGGAAGGAGUUCUACACCCGUGGGUAGAAGUGCCGACCAAGUGCAUGUUGGAAGAAAAGCAACAGACACGGUAGUUACACUUGGAGGAGCAAACAAAACUAACCACAUGGAUAACGUAGAUUAUAAAAAAAGGUACAUUGAAAAGGUUAUAUCGACGUAUGAGGAUUAUAUUCCAGUGAAGACGGAUCGGCAGAGUCAGGGGAGAAAAAUCUGUACGGUUACCGGUUCAAGUAGUAGGGUGCAAUCACGAGGGGGAAACAUAAAUGGUGUUAUUUACAAUGAAGGGGUGCUUACCCAGAAGAAGAGUCGCCGGGAGGAUAAUGCUAUUAAGUCCAUAAAAGAAAUAAUCGAGAAUAACGUAACGCGAAAAAGUAGCUUUGAUCUGAACGGUGUAGAAAAAAAGGCGCUCCUCAAAAAUCUGCACAAUAGUAAGAUAAGCUCCAGUGUGUAUCUCCACGGGGUGAAGGCGGGUGGUGGAGGGGAGAGCCAUCCGAAGACUGUUCUGGGGGGAGAGAAACGACGUGCCCCCACCUCGAAGGAUGCCUACAUCCUUGACAUAAUAAAUAAAAAUCUGAAUAAGUCCUUCAGCCAGCUGGACAGGAUAAAGAAGAAGAUGAGCGAGCACUUGGUCGUGUAG